GGCUGAUCGUGAACGACACUAAUUUUGACUAAAGCGUUUGCUUUUAUUUGUCACUUACAAUUAGCAUGUCACUACCAAAUGUUAGCGCGACUGGCUGUUGGGGACUUGAUACUGUCUAUUCGGUGUCGCUUCCUCCGUGUUCUAAUACUGACGCUAUUCCUACCCCGAGGGUGCCUGCAGAAUGUCAGCGUGUCGCCUCACCCCCGGGAUCAGUGCUUCCAAGAUAACGAGCUAUGUGAUCUUCCCGCCCCUACAAAACUGGUCGUAUCGUUCGGGGGUCGAAGACUACAAUGUAAUGAAGUUGUUUCUCGUGAUGACGCCAUGGACGUCCCCGAAGUGUGCUACGUGGAUGCAAAAGAGAGCCAGCCUUACCUGUUGAUCAUGAUUGACCCUGAUGCACCUUUCCCCUGCGCACCGCCCGACGUAACAAUGGAGCAUAUUCUACAUUACGUUGUCAUUGUGACUGGCAUCAAAGGUGUAUUGGUUCCGGAAAGAAAUAUGCUCAAUUAUCAUCCCCCAGCGCCACCUAGAGGAAUACACCGGUACCAGUUCUACCUGUUCCCAUGGGAAGAGUCACAUAUUCCGGAUCUGGAUUAUAACUCCCCGUCUCAAAGAUCUGGCUUUAACCUAACGGUUUUUGAAAACGCAAACAAGUUACGGCAACCGGUUGCAGUAUUCCAGUUCCGGAGUCUACAUCAUGUCUCAAUAUACCUGUACAGUCUGCUGUUACUAGUGUCCUUUCUUCUGUUUGAAGCCAUUGUCGGACUCACGGGAUACGUAGCUUCUUGCAUUCAAUAA